AUGUCUGAACCUGCUCCGAAAAAGCCCAAGAUUUCUGCAUCUCGUCGAUUAUUCUUAAAGACCAAAAUACUGAAGAAGGCCAGCACCCUGCUGGCAGAGGAGAAGGAACAGAAGAAGACUGACAGAGAGCAAACACUCAGUGAGCGAGUUCCUCCUCUUCAGCUGUCUGGACUCUCUGUACAGGAUUUACAGAAUCUGUGCAAAGAACUCCAUCAAAAAAUUGAUGUUGUCGAUGAGGAACGAUAUGACGUUGAAUCUAAAGUUGCCAAAAAUGAAAAGGAGAUUGCAGAUUUAAACUACAAAAUCUUUGAGCUGAAGGGAAAAAUGAAGAGACCUGCCCUGAAGAGAGUGAGGGUGUCUGCCGAUGCCAUGCUUGGGGCUCUGCUAGGUGCCAAACACAAAGAAUCCAUUGACUUUAAGGCUAACCUCAAGACAGUGAAGAAGGAGGAGGAAAAGAAAGAAGAAGUGACCGACUGGCGUAAAAAUGUGGAUGCUAUGUCUGGCAUGGAGGGCAGGAAGAAGAUGUUUGCGGGACCAAAUGCAUAAUGAAUUCUUUAAAAAUUAUAAAACAAAUUAAAGUCCAAAGUGAAAGCUAUUUAAAAAUACACAUAUUUAACUGCUGUUUAAUUGUGGUUAUGUAUUUGUUUUAUUGCAUAAACAGCGGUAUUAAUGGAAAACAAUUGUAUGAGAAAUUCACAAAGCUGUGCUAUUGUUAUAACCACAUUGAUCAGUUCAAAUAUUGAAACAUGAUUUACGACACAUAUAAAACAUUUAUUUAUGUUAAUACUUGUUUAUUAUAUAAUUGCAAUUGUCAUUAUAUAAUAACGGUUAUAUUGUAAUAAUAUUUAUAUGUGAUCGGUUGUGUGAAUAUUGAGGAACAAUAAAGCUAUCACUGUUUU